GAUGACCCAAAUUGGUUGAAACAUGUUUCUCCUAAGGAACGGAGAAAGUUUAGAAAAAAGGAAGAGUUGGCAGAACAAGAAUUAUUUGAGGCUCGGAAACAACUUUUUAAUUCUGAGAAAGCAAGACCAAGCAUUUCUUCUAAAAACGAGCCAGGAUUAUUAAUGAGGCAUAAGUUCAACCCUGAACUUCCCCAUCCUUCUUUGAAAAGAUUAAUUCCUCAUAAAUCCCAAAUUGAAAUAUUGGGUAAUAAAAGAGUUGAAUUGGAUAACGAAAUUAAUCUCCUAGAACAAGAAAUAAAGACUGGGAAAGGUUUAGGACAAAAAGCCAAAGAAAAACUUAGAGUUUAUAAUGCUAUAAAAAAAAGAAAAGAGUUGUUUGAAAAUACUACUGAUGGUGCUCCUGGAACUCAAUAUUCUAAACCUAUUACUACGGGAACUCCUUUUACUGAUAACCAAUACCAUUUCAAUGCUGAUGCCAAUAGUUAUAAAAUUACUGAGGAACAAGUUAUUAGCAUAAUGGCUCGGAUUUGUGAGGGAUUAAGCAAAAUGAGUGAUGUAGCUGAUUUUAAAGCCAAGUUUAACAGUUUUGGAGUUGGAAGUUCUACGGAUUUUACUACUCUUUUAGAUAGAUUGAUUGCUGAUGGUAAACAAGUUAAGAAAGGAAAGGCAGCUUACGAUUUUACUACUACUUAUACUCAACAUGUUCCGAAUGAUGCCACUAAACACAAUACGGCUUAUCCUAAUAGUAGAGGAGUAGAUGCUAUAAUUACUGAUUUUUAUAACUGGUUAAGACUAGUCAAUGAUGCUAAAAAAACAGUUAACGGAGCAGAAAAAACUUUUAUAGAAACCCUCGACAAAGAUAUUACUCACACCGAAACUAUCCCCGUUUAUUUACCUAGUGAAACCUGA